UUGGACUCUACUACCCUUUUUUCUUGCAAUUUUCUCUCUCUUCUUUCUCAGUGUUUUCUCUCUCUAAAUUUGUGCGCAAAAACCCAGGAAAAUGGAUGAAGAAAUGGAAAUGGAGGAGGAGAUAAUUCAAGUUUAUGAUGUUUUUGAGAUUGAUUUUGAUUACGAGUUUGAUGCAACUCGGUUCUUUGAUUUCACUCGUCCUGAGUCGGAAGCUGAGUCCAGAUUUUCCGAGUCGUGGUUUUCUAGAGCUCCUGAUUAUCCUCCUUCUCCUUUUGUUGCUCAACUAUUUCCGUUAAAUGGUUUGAGAUCGCCUAAUGUGGAUGUGUCCCCCAAGUCUAAGUAUAAUGACAGAUUGUCUAAUGAUGACGGUAAUGCUAGUAUUGAUCAGCAUGCAGAAUAUUGCGAUCAAGAUGAGGCAUGCAGAGAAGACAGUAGCCAAGCUUUGCUGAGAAAAUUAUACGACGGCAAUUUCCUAAAUUCCCAAAAUCAAGCCAAGUGUUCACAUGGAGGUCCUAGAGGAUUGACUUUCUUCAAUCAUUUGGCCCAUGAUAAUGUGAAAACAAAGCCUAAAUCCCUUGCUAAGCCAUAUAUGCGAAAGACUUCAACACUAAUGAAGCCUACUGCGAGUCAGCUGUCAAAGCAAAAUCAGCAACAUCAAGUUUGUGGUUCUUCUAGAUUGCAGAAAAACGAAGGCAAUUCAGGAACUCAUUCUGGGAUGGAAAGUCAAGCUUCAAAGAGGCAAAAGCUAGAUGGUGGUCAUUUAUGUAGGAUUGUCGAAAUGAAGCAGCCUGUCAAUCUAACCCACAAGUUGCCCAAAAAGGAUGCUGCUGCGCAAGGCUUGAAUUCACAAGCUAAGCUAAGGAUUACAAUUCCAAGGGAGCCAGACCUUGCUACCGCGCAUAGGGCAGAAAGGAUAAGGUUAACUAGCACUAAAGAAACGGAAAAUCCCACAGCAACUACUUACAGAUUUAAAGCAAGAACGUUGAAUCGAAAGACCCUUGAAGCUCCUGUUCUCCCAUUCUCAAAGAGAACUACGCAGCAUUUGCCAGAUAUUAAAGCCUCUCACCUUAAACCAACUGGACGGACAAACCCAAGUACCUCCACUGAUGCUUCACCAUCAGUUUGCCGAAAUGAUAAGGUUUUGAACAAAGUUCAUGCUGAUAGCGGUAUAGAAACUGGUAAUAAGGAUGGAAAAGGUAGUGAUUCUGUGGAUAUUCCGAGAGUGGCUGUACGCCAAGUUGUACAUAGCUUUAAAGCACGACCUCUUGAUAGGAAGAUAUUGGCUAGUAGAGGAGACAUAGGUGUUUUCAGAAAUAAUAAGCGGGAUGUUACUGUACCAAAGGAAUUUAUGUUUCAAACAUCAAAGAGGACUCAGCCAAAUCUUCCAACAGAGCUUUUUAGCAAGCUCUCGCUUGCUGGUGAACCCCAUUCAAAAAAUUGUGCACAGGUUGAAUUACCCCAGAACACUACUAUUUCGGCGAAGGAAUCAAAAGAAAAUAGAUGGGAAUCUUGUCAUCUGAAUAAGCAAAAUACAAUACAUCUGGCAAAAGAAAAAUUAGACGCUCGUAAUGGAAAGGAGCAAUUGACAGUUGCUAAUGGAAGGAUCGGUGAAAUUAAUCCUCGUAGUGGCAUGAGCAGGCCUUUAGGGAGCCGGAGACAGCAAUAGCACAUAUAUUUCAUCUUAGACUAGUCCCAUAAUCCAAGAUGUAUAGAUGCCUUUUGAUGAAGUUUUACACUAGGGCUGAGGAAUCGGUGCACAACACAUGCAGGAAAUGGUUUAGCUUUUUAAGCUCCUACAGGAUAAAUUUAACUAAGCUUUGUAUAGAAAUUGUGCACCACCUUUUAAAUUCAAACUUCUUGUGCCCCCAUUUUCGCCUGCAGCCAUAGAUUAAUCCAAUACUAUCUUCAUCAGGAGGUGAUACAGGAAUGUAAUUCAACAAAAGGAACACAAUUAUUCUCAUGAAGGAAAUUUUAUGCCCAAGAAUUUUAUGUCGACGGUUUUCUAUUUAGAUUGCACUGCAAUGUGUUGAGGUUCUGCAAAUAUGUAAAAUGCUUAUAGCCGCGGCAUUAGGAUGGAUUUAUAACAGGGAUAUAACUUAUAGCAUUCAUGAGUCAUGACACAAUAAUGGUAAAGAAUCAGCCUCUAUUAUGGCCGAGUGUUGGAUUCAUGCUA